UCUUGUUCAAUGUGCCCCUUUUUAACUUUGAGCCCCUGCCCCUCCAAAGGUCUCUGCACGGCCCUGUCUAAUUUAGUUCAAUUCCAGGUUUCCAACAUUCACCAAAAACAUGGAGAUGAUCCCAUAAUGUUGUUCCAUCAACCAGUCUGACGUAGACGAUGUUUGAGAGAGAAAUUACUGUAUUAGCAUUUCAGUGCUAGUAUGCUAGUUGCUCUGCUACCUUAGCUGCUAACGGCUAAACUGUUAGCCGUGAUUGUAGCGGCCCUAUUAUCUGCUACUGAGGCAUAAAAUAAUGUCAGAAAUGGAGACAAUCAGUGAGCAAAAAAUUCUUCACUGUGUUAAAAGUUAAACAUCUUAUUGCCAUUUGUGGCAUUGUUAAGAUAUCACUUUGGUAUUCAGGCUGUUGUUGAAAUUCAAACAACUUAAUGUGGCAGAUAGUUUAUUGUAAAAGCUCAGCUCGGGGGUCCCAGGCUGAGAAACAACCCAGAAGCAGGUCGACUCAGGAAUCCUGGAGAAAUGUUAGGAUGCAAAGAACCUGACAGGAACCCGUGACAUGUUGACAUGGUUUCCUGCUUCCACUAACGUCUGCAUAAAUCUGAGCUCAGGUUUCUGCAGAUGUUUGUUUCCUGUAGAUCUGACCUGUUCUGAUCUGUUUUCCCUCUCAGAUCCCAACAAGAGGCUGCAGCCGAAGAUCACGGUCUUCUCUAAAGACGCCUGCCUCCAGCGCCAGGACCCCGGCGGCUGCCAGGACUACGCCAUGAUGUGGUUCUUCGACACCGUUCAGGACGAGUGCGCCCGGUUCUGGUACGGCGGCUGCGACGGUAACGCUAACCGCUUCGAGACGCAAGAGGAGUGCGAGAACCUGUGUCUGACGCACAUCCAAUGAGGAGGUCGAAGGUCGUGGCCGGAGAGGAGACCACAGGACUUGAUGUCACCAGAAGAAGGCGCUUUCUUCUUCCUGAUGGACUACGGGACCCCUGAAGGGUCACACUCAGGAGGUUCUUCCAGGUUUCCCGACUAACGUUCCCUCUGACCCAUUUGCAAAGCCCUUUGAUCACCAGAUCUGGAUUCAUCUCCAGCAGCUGUUCCUCCUUCGAACCCGGAUGUUCCGGUUCCCAACAUGACGAUAGGCACCAGAACCGAUUCUUCCCGUUCAGAAACUUCAUCGGUUCAGCUGCAGGAAAACCUGGGAGAACCAGACCGAUCCUGAAAGUGGAGCCGUCUCCAGAACAUCGACGGUAUCCCUCCUGUCCAGGAUGAUCCGGGGAAAAUCCAGAGGUGGUGAGCAAAUGUCCUGAAGAGAGGAGACGAUCUGGAUCUGUCCGGGUUCUGUCCAUAGGUCCAGAACAAAACAGACCUUUCCUGGAACUGUGAAGCUUGUCUUGGGAACCUUAGUUGGAAAAAGCUCCUCAGCUUGGAAACAGAAAACUCUGAGUGACCCUUCAGGGCCUCCGUAGAACUCCCAUUGGACCGACCCGGUUCUGCUCAUCCUCGGAUCAAGUGCUAUUUUUAUAAAAGCGGGUCGAUCGGCGGAUCAUCAGUCACAAUAUUUGAAGUUUCUGUAAAGUGUUUUAGUAAAACAGCAGCGCCCCCUUCAGGCCUGUCCAAGCAGCUCUGCUUUUACUGACGCACCCCCUGCUGGUGGAAAUAUGUAACAACAUUUAAAUUUAUGUCAAAAUCUGAAACCAAUAAUCUAUAAAUAUACUUAAUAUGAAAAGGUUCCAAAGGUUCUGGAACAGGCCUGGUUCUUCCUCAGGGAUCGGUCCACUCUGAGCUUACAGACUGACGCUCUCCUCCAAGUCUCUCAGAACCAGAACCAACCUGCUGUUGCCCGGUAACAACAGAUCUUCUUGGUUCCAAACAGCUGGUUCUGGUUCUGAUUCACCUGGCUGACCGCUGCAAAUCGCAGAACCGUUCAGGAACCAGGUCUGAGUUUAGAACCCGUCAGUGACUGUCCAAACAUCCCGACAGGUUCUGUUCAUACCGGAACCAGAACCAUGAGAACCUGUGAUGUAACGGCUGCAGAAACCCAAAUAAACAAACCAGAACCGGUUCAUACGAAGCUC